AUGAAACGUCACAGGCGGCCUUAUGGCUGCACAUUUUCAAAUUGUGACAAAACCUUUGGCAGUAAGAACGAUUGGAAGCGUCAUGAGAACUCGCAACAUUUUCAACUUGAGUCAUGGCGUUGCAACCAAGAGGAGCCAGAAGGCAGCCCCUGCAUCAAGGUCUGUUACCGCCGACAGACAUUCCAAGACCAUUUGACCAAGGACCAUUCCAUCUCGGAUAAAGAGGUCGUCAAAUCCGAACUGGAAUCUUGCCGCAUUGGACGGAGUUUCCAGACUCGCUUCUGGUGUGGAUUUUGCAUCCGAUUGAUUGAUCUUACUAAGAGAGGACUUGAAUCAUGGAACGAACGCUUCGAUCAUAUCGACGAUCAUUUCAUGGGACGUCAAGGCUUACCCAAGCAAGAUAUCAUGGAGUGGAUUGAUAUCGACAGCAAUAAGUCCCGAGGCGGUGGCCUAAGUCUUGGUUCCAGAUCUGCAGGAUCUCCAAUCCAUGCAAGCAUCCUGGCCAUUGAUGUAACAGACAGCAUAAACCGAAAGGAUGCUAAGAUCGUAUACUCAGCAGGGAACACAGUUUCUCGACCUAGUGCUCAACAAGAUGAAACUGCUUUAGAGGACAUACCUCUCACCGACUCUGGUUACGCGUCUGCGCCUAAUAGAAACAACACGUCGAAUUUACAGUUAAUGGAGCAGCCACGAUCUUCCCAGAAGAAUAAGUCCACUGGUACGAUAAACAAAACAGAUGGCGAGGAUUCCAAGACCAUAUACUCAGCUGGGAGCACAGUUGCCCGACCUCUAGCUCAACAAUAUAUUGCCGAUCUAUGCAGCAAUAUUUUUGGCAAACUCGGGAAACAGUUCGACUCCCAAAUUUGGAGCACAAUAUCCAGUGCUCUACCCGAACUUAUGAAAGCCUUUGCAAUCAAGAUUGGCUAUGAUUCUUCCACCCCAGUGAAUCAAGAAAUAAUGUACUUCAUUCACAAGCGGCAUGAGGAGAUCAUUGCGCAACUUGAAGCAAUGGUUUGUCAUCCUGAGGAGGAUGAUGAACCCGACAGUUGGCAAGAUGGUUCCAAAGGAAUGUCAAUAGCCGAUAAAAUGAAGAUGUGGAGCAGCAAAGCCGAAGAAGAUCAUCCGCUCUCUGAACGUGACGAAUUUUUCAAAGGAGUGAAAGAUGAAGAUGAAAUUAUUCCAGAGAUCGAUCUGGCUGUCUAUCAACAGGUCAUUCUCAACAGCCCCGCCUACGAGUGGUUUAUCUCAAGUGUGAGAAAAGAGCUCUCCAUUCAGUGUAGUACGAAUCAGCCUCCUGUUAUGAUUGAGAAUAUUCGCAGAAAAAUACUAGAAAAGCUCCCAACUGGAGUCCUUAGCAAACGACGAGCUCUUGGUGCUUGUGAAGUCCAAUUUGAACUUCGGUGGGAAAAUGAGAAGGAGGGAGAACUCCCAAACGAGCUCUAUACACAACUAACACAAGUGGAAAACUCGCUUGUCCUAACAGGUUCUCCAAAAGUGGCCCAAGGAUUAACAGUCAGGGAGUAUCUGAGCCAGACGUGGCUCGCAAACGGAUCACGACUUCUUGAUGUAAUCCUGGAAGCCGUCCACGACACUGAAGACACACAUUCUGAAAUUCUUCCGGAUAACACACGUCUCGCAGCUAAAAUUUGGGGCUCCCACUUGUUCGUCAAAGCGACCGGGCCAGCACACUUCAUCGCAGAAUGUGGCGAGCAGCUAGCUUGGUUUCGUGCCGCUCUUAGAAACAGUACAGGUUCUUUUCAUUCGUACACACCGUCGAUCACAGGGUUUGCUGUUGAUGCCAACCCAUCAUUGUCAAGAGGACUAAAGUACAAAGGCUGGUGUGCUAUUGGUGAGGGUCUCAUACGGCCUAUAGACUCGAACUUAUACUGGCAUGACCUUGUUGGAUCUGAAGGAAGUAUUAUCCAGGGGUUUCCAAUCUCUCGUCGGCCAGAAGGGUAUCCGGGGCUUGAAUUGUCAUUUGACAAACUCCUAUAUUAUUUGCGGGCAAACGAAGCUACCAUUGCCAACGAACAAAUCCUUCUCCAAGGAAAGCAUUUAACGGUACAAUUGGCAAAACAUACCGGUAACGUUUUCCUUUGGCACCCGUUUCGCCCCUGGAGAUUGUGUACUUGUUGCACUAGCCAACAUCCCUGGAUUGGCCCCAUUGAUCUUCAUGUUCUCAAAUCGUGUCGUCACAUCCUCAGCCAGUGCCCGGAGCCUCAAGCUGAUGCCGUAGAGAACCCAGAUAUUGAAACCCCGAUGGAUACACCUCGCUUAUUUCAAAAUCAACAUGUGGUUAGCGAGGAAGAAAAUGUAUUCACGCUCUCCGGGUCUGAAAAGGGUGAACAUGUUUCAAGUACUUCGAUCAUUAAAAAGGGAGCUUAUGAUGUUCUCGAAAACAGUCCGUCACACCUUCACAUGGAUGAUCCGAAAUGCAAAUUGUUGGUAGAAGAUGAAACGCAGCUGGCCGAAGGUUAUCAAUCUAUGGCCACGACGGGAUCUCUGGACAUAUAUUUAGAUUCAGACCUCUUUUCAACAUCUGAUUCAUCGAACCAAGAUGACACGCUGGAUAUUGAUGAGCCGGCAUAUCCAGUGCUUCGAACUGUUCUUUUAGCACUGCUUACCAAAUUCCGAGGUUUGACUCAAUAUCAGUUGUCUCCAAGCAGUAAUGCGGGACAGUCUGUAACAUAUGCCAGUGGAAAUGGAUCUGGUACUACUACCGGUACUUCAAACAACUGUCGAAAGAGAGACAGAGAAGAAGAAGAAGAAGAAGAUGAUGAUGAUGAUGAUGGGGCUAAUAAGGACAACUUUAAGCCGCCGCGCAAGAAACAUGCCAGCGAAGAUAAAGCAACGCAAAGGUCGCUUGCAUGCCCUUAUUUGAAAUUCGACUUGGUUAAGCACCGCAGUUGUUGUACAAAGAAACUUAGCAGGAUUCGAGACGUUAAACAGCAUCUCUGCAGGAAACAUACCCCCAAGCGAUAUUGCCAGUGUUGCUUAGAGACGAACUUCCAAGACGCACAGACUCUCCAAAUGCACGUGGGUGUUGGAACAUGCCAAGCAAAUGACCCGGAGACUUUAGAUGGGAUAUCUACAGAGAAAGAACGACAACUGACGAGAAAGUCUAACCGGAAAUUAUGUGAAGAGGACCAGUGGUAUGCGAUUUGGAACAUUCUAUUCCCAAGACAUCCAUGCCCAGCUUCACCUUAUAUAAACACUAGUCUUUCCAUAGAAAUGCGUCUGUUCCGUGAAUAUUGUAACACCCAUGGGCCUAUUAUGAUCAGAGAACAACUGGAUUCCAGCCCAGGUUUGGUCGGGCAGGAAAUCACCGAAGAACAGCGACAGAUGCAUCUGGAAAGAGUAAUUGCCCAGGGGAUCAACACUCUAUUUGAGGAAUAUCAGCGCUUGAGUGUCUCCUCGACAUUGCCAGAGAAUGAAGUUUCAGCAUCAUCUACACACCGCAGUAACGACCUACAAGCUACCCAAUUCGAAACAUCAACGAGUUCGAAUGCCGAUAGUGGAGUGGUGCUAGAAAAUCAGAUAUCAUCCAGAGCUACCCAGUCUCAGGAAAACAUAGCAAUACAAGGUACCAGUUUCGAGUGGAGUUUCCCACCGCUGGUAGCAGCCGAAGACACAAGACAGGAUACCUGGCCCCCACCAGAAGGACCUCCUCAGAAUUAUGAACAGAAUGCUCUGUAUAAUUCUUACCCUUUCUCUUCUGAAAUCCUGUUUAAUGGUUCUGAAAUGUCGACCUUCGACGAGCCCGAAAGUUUCAAUACUGGGAACACCUCUGAGUUUCUCUCUCAAUCAAAUCAAGGACAUAAUAACGGAUUCCAGGCGGAAGACGGUGACAGCUGGAUGUAUCGAUAA